UUACUUAUUUUUAACACUUUUAUGAGUAUGGCCCUUUUGGAUGCCUAAUAAUUUUAGUAAGAUUUUGUUUUUUAAAACUAAUUGUAAAAAAAAAAAAAAUUUAAAUCAACGUUAUUAUGAAUUAUUGACCUAUUUAAGGGUCCGAUUACUUCACAAUAUUCCACUUGAAAAAAAAAGAGGAACAUUUUGCAUGGUUUUUGUUUUUCCCAUAAAACCAGGUUUUUGAAAAAAGGGCUUGAAACAAAAGAAAAACGUAUUCUCAACAGAUCUGAAGUUGAUCUAUUCUAGAGCAAAAUGUGGUACACCAAAGAAACAAUUAAAUGUAAUGGAUUAUUUAAGGACAGUGUUUAUUGUAACGAUGUGACUGUUCAAGCUGUAUUGUUACAGUGGCCAAAAAUAUUAAAUAUAUUUGUUAAAUAAAUCCUCUGUCUUGUUUUUAAUGAAUACCCAGGCCUACUAGGCUACUGUAUUUUAUUGUUGGUUAUUAUGGUAUUAAGGUUGAAAAGCGCUAUAAAAGUAUUAUGCAUUUACCGUUUACUUAGAGAGCCAAGUGUUUUCUGAGGUGUUACAAAGUUGGUAAAUAUAAAAGUUUGAGAAUCACUGAUAUAGAGAUUUGUGUUGAAUAAAACAAUUAAUACAUGACUUUUUUUUUUUUUUGCAGUUUUACGCUUGACACCCUUCUGGGUCCCCAGGACCAAGUUUGAGGGGAGCCUUAAAGGUUAAAAUAAUCUAAUAUUGCAUUGGUUUGGAAAAUUAAAAUGAUCAAAAUGCCCACCGCAUGCAUUGAUUUUUCAGUGUGUGGCCUUCAGUGGGAAAAAGUUUGGACGCUUCUGGUGUAGACUAUAAUAUUUAAUUAGAGCCAAUGAACUAAGUAAUACUGGAAUGUGUAAAGAUCCCAUCUUUUUUGUGCUGCUGUACACUCAUGCUGCUGCAUUAUUAACAACAUCUAUUCAUAGUAAUCACACAACUGUGUCAAACAAUACCAUUUUGUAAAUACACACCAGCUGGUCGAUAUACGUGAUGUUUCCAAUACGCCGAUCUAAGUUUAUGCACAGUGGGUGCUCGGUGUGUGUGUAUUAAAAAGAAAAUAAACGUUCAGCGAAGUUAAUAUCCCAUAUGAUUAGUGUCUUUAUUAUUUUGUAAAACAGACCAGAUGAUUUUUGCUGCUCAGUGGCCUGGUGGUUAGAGUGUCCACCCUGAGAUCGGUAGGUCGUGAGUCCAAACCCCCCGGCCGAGUCAUACCAAAGACUAUAAAAAUGGGACCCAUUACCUCCCUGCUUGGCACUCAGCAUCAAGGGUUGGAAUUGGGGGUGGCCACCGCUGCUGCUCACUGCUCCCCUCACCUCCCAGGGGGUGAGGGUGAUGGGUCAACUGCAGAGGAUAAUCUCACCGCACCUAGUGUGUUUGUGACAAUCAUUGGUACAAUAACUUGCAUUUUUCAAAAAUUAUUUUAAAGACUGAAAGUUGCCGUCAAUCCCACGUGGGCGCCUAUGUUUAAAUUCCAAUGACAUGACACGCUAAAAACUUGACAAAUCAUCAGCGUUUGUCAGUGUCAUGGCAAUACAAGAUAAAAAAAAAACACCAUUUCCCAGAAUGCCUCACGUCCAGCGCGGGCCCGCCUCCGGAGCUGUGCGGUAAAGGAAAACAAACAGGAGAGGAGAGGAGAGGAGGCACUUUGCUGGCUCCCGUCUCCCUCGGGGAAUUUUUAUAUUAUUUAUAUCUCAUUUUGUAACAAAGUGCCACCGUGUUUCCGAGAACACCUGACUAUUUUCUUACGCCGGUUUUGAGAUUUUCUAUCGUCCUUGCGUGCAUCGGCAGCAGCUCGCUAGCUUGCAAACACGAUUCCCCCUCGUCGUGACUCAGAUAUCAAAACGAUUUUUUUUUUAAAUAUAUUUAAUUUAUUUAUUGUAUUGAUAACCGAAGAACUGUCGCCGUAGCUAAUGUUAAACGCUACAGAGAGCGGGGCUAACGAUAAGGUGAACGACUGCAGCCUGCAGCCUCAGGAAAGAAUGACGGCUGUCCAACUAAUGAAUAUCCAGCGAUUAUUGGAAGCCGCGGAAUAUCUCGAAAGACGAGAACGAGAGUGUGAACACGGAUACGCUUCGACGUUUCCGUCGAAUCCGAACACAAACUAUCAGAGGCAAAGGAAAUUCCGCAAUAAGAAGUUCAACAACAACCACAAUAGGUCCACACACAAUGAGCUGGAGAAGAAUAGACGAGCUCACCUGCGGCUGUGUCUGGAGCGUUUGAAGGCUCUUAUCCCACUGGGCCCGGACUGCACUCGCCACACCACUCUGGGCCUGCUCAACAAAGCCAAAGCACAUAUAAAGAAACUUGAAGAAGCGGACAGGAAGAGCCAGUACCAGCUGGAGUCUCUGGAGCGCGAGCAGAGGCACCUCCAGCGCCAACUGGAGCUGCUGGGCGGAGGCGGCGGAAUAGCCGGGGAGGGGGAGCGGUUACGCAUGGAUAGCGUGGGCUCCACCCUCGGCUCCGAGCGCUCCGAUUCUGACCAAGAGGAGAUCGAGGUGGACGUGGAAAGCACGGAGUUCUCCCAUGGAGAGCUGGACAGUGUGAGCACGGCCAGCACCAGCGACCUGGAUGACCACAGCAGCCUGCAGAGCAUGGCCAGUGACGAGGGCUACUCCUCCUGCAGUGUCAAACUUGCCUUCUCCUCCUAGAGGCGCCACGCCACCAUCACCACCACCACCACCACCACCGCUAACUCCUCCUCCUCCUCCUCCUAUUCUUUCUCCGACUGCCUGUCCUUCCAUCUGGUAUGUCUGUUCACCUUCGUCACGCCCGCUUACAGCAUCCCCUCCGUGCUCCUCCAUGCAGCUGAACCCCCCCCAAAGGAGGAGCUCCUAAAGCAGUGCAGCGGCGAACAGUAAACACCUGAUUUUAAUCAUUUUUAAACCCACCCGAUUUGAAAUGAAUGAGUUUCCUUGUAGUGUCUUUGAAGAAUUGACCCCUAACACGACCUAAAAUGCACUUAAAAUAGUUUCCUAAUCCACCAAUAACAAGUUGGUGACAUCAUCCUCCUCAUCAUCAUCCGCCCCUUGAACUCUGGUCUUACGUGGGGACACUCGACUCGGUGCUAUUGUGACAUCACGCCAACAGGGAUGCGGACGGCGCGCGCCGCCCUCGCGCAUCUUAAAGCGGAAGCGGUUCCGCUUCCAAGCUGACACGGACCAAGACGACAGCAGAAGUCAUUCCUGUUGAAUGUGUGUGCACGCUGUUUGUGUGUGUGUGUGUGUGUGUGCGCCCCCCACCCCCACCGGCCUCCCUACGGGCUACCCUGCACUUAAAUUAUUUCCAGCUGUCCGUCGACGCGGCACAAAACCCUCAAACCACAGCGACAAACACACUUUUGAAGAGACGUCCACCUUCUUUCCAGCAGUAACAAGCAAUAACUCUUCAAGUCAUCACUUCACUUUCAUCUCUCCCUCGCUCGCUCGCUCGCUCGCUCGUCACCGUCCAACAAGAAGCAGAUUUUUUUUUUUUGUACAUACUAAUAGCUUAAUAAAUUAAUGUUAUAACACGAGUUAGGUAGAUCGAGCUCGUGAAUAGAACAUUGGCCUCCGUUGCGCGACUUGUGUUUUAUUGUGCUUGUUUGGAAGCGCAGUGGGCGUGGUUUAAACACUGUUAUCACUCAGUGGGCGUGGUUUAAACACUGUUACUUUGUUGCUGUCAUGUGCUGUGUGUACAUGGAGGAUGCAGCGUUUUAAUUUAUUGCUACACAUCUUUUGGUGCGCGUGUGUGCGUGUGUGUGUGUGUGUGUGUGUGUGUGUGUGCGUGUGCGUGUGUGUGUGUGUGUGUGGCAUUCCACUGGUGGUCAGGUGAUCUGUGGAGGAGGAGGAAAAAAUAAACAAACAGGUCGUGACCAAGUUAGCCUUCCCUAAAUCCACCGGCAUUAAGAAUUGCACUUCGCCCACACUUGGUUUUAUUUUUUAUUGUCCCAUCUCUCAUUUUCCAACUGAAUGAAUUGUGUGAGAAAUGUGGAAUAUUUAUUUCUCCGCCACUCAAAGUUAACUUAUUUGAGUCCCCCCAACCCCUCAUUCCUUACUAUGUGUAUUUGAUGCUUUAUUUUUUUCGGGGAAAUGUGUGUGUGUGUGUGUGGGUUGGACGGUAAUAUAAUGUAGCCAUUUUUUUGUUGUUUGUUUUGUUUUUGUUUUAUGUUUUAUUCUAUGGACACUUGAAAUGUAAAAGGGCCCCUAAGCUGCUCCUAGUUGCUGAGCCGGUUGUGGCGUCAUCGCCUGUCUUGUCAUCCAUUUUUGAAACCACUGGAUUGGCUUCCCUCCAAACUACCGUAUAUUCCGGACUAUAGAGCACACCGGUAUUUAACUAGAUUUUAGAAGAAAAAAAUAUUUUUAUAUAUAGUAGCCGCAGGUAUAUACGUUGUGAAAUAAGUUACUUACACAGAAAUAUUUUAUAAAUGUUUAUUUACAUACCUUAAUUGUUUCCAAACGGUGCCUGUAACAGGGCAGUAAAACGGCUGAUCAAACAAAACAGAAGUCCACUAGCUGCGGAAGCUAGCUCUCCAAUCAGCAAAUCGACUCAAUAACUCCACGGUGACAGCUUGGUGAAUUUACUGAGGAAUUUGCGAAACUGAAACAAUACAAAAAGAUUGCCAUUGUGAGUUAAUAACACUAACGCAAACACUAAUGCUAACAAUGCAAGCCUUAUUAACAUUACGAUGGCACGUACACAUAUGCAUGAAAAUAGCUCCUACAGACAUCACACAUGGGACAGUUUAGUUAGUGUUAAUAGUUUUAGUUAUAUUGUAAAACUUACAAAUGUUGCUUGGAGUGAUGAAUGAAGAAAUCAUACGAGUAGAAACGCUAUAGAUAGCUAGAAGACGGAGCGGCACUUGUACUUCCGGUUCAAUGCAUUAAACGGAAGGAAAUACCAUAGAUGUUCAGAGCCUGCAGUGAGUGAACUCGUCAAAAAGACAAUAAUAAUCAAAUCAAAUAAUUGUUCAGUGUCUAAAGCUAUUUGUUGAACGCAAAACAUUAUUAUGGCCGCUAGUGAAGAAACAUCCAUAAAUUAGCCGCACCGUUUUAUAAGCCGCAGGGUUCGAAGCGUAGAAAAAAAAGUAGUCCGGAAUUUACGGUAAAAGCCUGCUGAUCCAAUAGAGAAUAGGAUUUUUCUCCUGUGGGUGACGAGGUCGUCCUGAGCCAGCGACUACCCAAACUGGGGUCUUUGGGAAAAAAAAAACAACAAAAAAAAAAAAGUCCCUUUCCUCUCGUAGGAGGAUGGGGAUAAACAUACAGUAGGGAAGACAUUCAUGUGGCCAGAGGAGGGUGAAUCAUUUUGCAACGCAGUCUGCUGAAAAUGAUGGUAAAGUUGGAUUUGCCACAAAACACAUCUUCGAAUAUCCAACAUUGGCGUCUAAAGUGUGUGGCGCGCACUCCUCCUUCGUCACGUUUCACGUGUCGGGCCACAUGGAUCCCCUCCCUACUGCGCUAGACUUGUGUUGUAGUUGACAACGUGUGUCUUACUUGGACAAGGGGAUUGGAAGACCAGAACAAAUCCCCUGUGGUGGACUCUGAGCUUGUUGGCGCUGAAUCGGAAAGUGACCACUUUGGUGCUGAGUCCUGAAGAAGAAGAAAUGCCAAAAGCACGUUAGAACACCGCAGUGUCCUCUCUCUCUCUCUUUCUCUCUCUCUCUCUCUCUCUCUCUCUCUCUCUCUCUCUCUCUCUCUCUCUCUCUCGCUCUCUAUCUCGCUCUCUCUCUCUCUCUAUCUCGCUGUCUCUCUCUCGCUUUGAGAGAAAGUUUACAUUGAUUCUGCUUCCCUUUUGUUCCCUCGUCCUUCUCGCGUUGCGGCACAUCUCGGUAAGCCGACAGAGGGUUCCGUUCCAAACAAGCAACCUUAAAAGUGCACCUGCGUGGCUUUCCAGGGCGGGCUGAGCGGCCGGGCCAAGAGAAAGUACAAGUCGCGGUGUUUUGUUUUUGUUUCUGUUGUUGUCGUCGUCGUUGUUUGGAACCCGCACUCCAUUCCAGUGUCGCUGAAGAAAAAAACGGGUCCAUGAGGCGAAGUCAAGGGCAACCAAACCUGUUCUGAACCUGUGAUCAUCCUUUGUGAAACACUCUGAUCAAUGUUUGGUUGCAAAGUUGGAAAUGCAAUACUUACAAUAAAAACAAGAUUUUCAAACCUGA